CGCAGGAGCCUGGGUUGGCGGGAGGGAUGGGUCUCACGCUCCCUGACUUGUCACUCGCCCGCCCGCCCUCUGGCUGGAACACUCCGCCCUGUUCCGCUGGACCAGCCCCCGCGUGGCUCAGACAGCUCCCCUGCGGCCCCCCGGCCCCCGCCCCAAGUGUCUGAUCACCCCCGCCUCCCACCCCGACUUCGUGUCUGCAGAGCCGGCCGGGCCCCGAGUCCGUCGCUCCGGAGCCCCGCAGCCGUUUCGCGCACGCGCGGCAGGCCUCCCGGGGCGUCCCGGGCUGGGCGGUUGCCAGGGUGACGGGGACACAACAUGGCGGCCGGGUCCUAACCCUCCGACCGGGACCACCGCGGAGGUCCUAGUUCGAGACCCCGCCUCGGAGCCUUUCCUCUCCGCCCGGGGCCGGCCGGGCUGGCCGCCGGCUCCGUCCGGGAUGAAGAACUACAAAGCAAUUGGCAAAAUAGGCGAGGGAACGUUUUCUGAAGUUAUGAAGAUGCAGAGCUUGAGGGAUGGAAACUACUAUGCAUGCAAACAAAUGAAACAGCACUUUGAAAGUAUUGAGCAAGUGAACAACCUCCGAGAGAUACAAGCACUGAGGCGCCUGAAUCCACACCCAAACAUUCUUACGUUGCAUGAAGUGGUUUUUGACAGAAAAUCUGGUUCUCUUGCGCUAAUAUGUGAACUUAUGGACAUGAAUGUUUAUGAACUGAUACGAGGGAGAAGACAUCCGUUAUCAGAAAAGAAAGUUGUGCACUACAUGUACCAGCUGUGCCGGGCCCUCGAUCACAUGCACAGAAAUGGAAUAUUUCACAGAGAUGUAAAACCAGAAAAUAUAUUAAUAAAGCAGGAAAUCCUGAAAUUAGGCGACUUCGGGUCCUGUCGGAGCGUCUAUUCUAAGCAGCCGUACACGGAAUACAUCUCCACCCGCUGGUACCGGGCCCCCGAGUGCCUCCUCACCGACGGCUUCUACAGCCACAAGAUGGACCUGUGGAGCGCGGGCUGCGUCUUCUACGAGAUCACCAGGACGUUUCAGGACGUCGGUGCCGCGGACGGCCAGGAGGAAGGGGACUGUCCUAACCUCAGCCCCUUGUCACGUUCUUCCAGUCUGCAGCCCCUCUUCCCGGGAGCCAACGAGCUGGACCAGAUCUCCAAAAUCCACGACGUCAUGGGCACCCCCGCUGCCAAGACCCUCACCAAGUUCAAGCAGUCGAGAGCUAUGAGUUUUGAUUUUCCUUUUAAAAAGGGAUCAGGAAUACCUCUACAGACAGCCAAUCUGUCCCCGCAAUGCCUCUCCCUCCUGCACGCCAUGGUGGCCUAUGAUCCCGACGAGAGAAUCACUGCCCACCAGGCCCUGCAGCACCCCUAUUUCCAAGACCAGAGGGCCGCGGAGAAGCAGGCUCGGGGCGGCCACCGCAAAGUGGCACCGGAGCUGCUCAGUAACAAGUGGCAGAUUUCCAAGGAGGGCAGCAAGCAGAAACAGUCCCUGAAGCAGGAGGAGAGCCGGCCCCGCAGACAGGGCCCGGCCUACCUGAUGGAGCUGCCGCAGCUGAAGCUCCCCGGGGCCACCAAGCUCUCGUACUCCAGCCCGGCGCUGCAGACGGUGUUCAGGCCCGGCGGGAGCGGGAAGGUCCCGAUGCUGAGACCCCUGAAGUGUGGGGCCGCAAACCAGAAGGCAGAUGCACAGAAGGACAUCAAGCCUAACCUGAAGCAGUACCACCUGCCCACGAUCGAACGGAAAGGCGGGGGGUACUGAGCAGCGCGUCCAGCUCACCCUGGAGCAUCAGCGCGGGCUCGGUCCUCCGGGCCCGGGUCCCGGGCCCUGGCGAUCACAGUGCACACGCCAGCGGCGUGACGGCCCCAGGCCUGGGGCCGCCGCCCGCGCUCCAGCCGAAGGCAGCCGGACUGUAUGUUCGCUCUAAUACACGUGUAAAACCACCUCCCUCGAGGGUGCCAUUUCACUUUUGUAACCGAAGACUUUGAGACGGGAAAUCUUUUGUAUUUUUAUAUGAAUGCACACAGAAGUUAGAGUUUAUAUUUGUUGUUUAGGCUUGGCUGCCCCGCGGGCUCUGCGUGGGCUUCAGCACAUCGCCAAGAGCACUGAAGCACGUGGCUGCGUGAGGAUAGGCCGACUUUCAUUAAAGAAUAGCCCUCGUCAC